AUGGGUCAAAUAUUGUCCAACUUAUGCAAAUUUUUGCGUCCAAAAGCAAGAACGGAAAUACCAAGAGAUGAUCAUCAAACCAAUCACUUAAAAAUUCCUUUCAACAAUACUGAUGAGAAGCAACCAGAAACCCACUGCAUUGACAUAUAUGAUCAUCAUGGUGAGCCAACAUCGGGGUCGAACACCGUCGACACCAAUGAAAGGCAUUACAACAACUUGGAUGUUUCAAUUACUCCUCACGUUGUGGUUGAUUUGAAGAGUGGUAAUGAAGAAGAUGCGACGACGACGACGAACAAGAAAAGAAAGGAAUUAGUCAUAGAUGAUGGUGAUGAGCAAGUAAUACCAGAAAUUGUCUUGGAAAAAAAUGUUACUACUACCGUUGUUAAUCGUUUGCCUAGUGUUCCAAAAGAAAUAUUAAGGAAAAUAGGACCGUACACUAGCGCACAGAGAAUACUACUCGUUGGUGAGGGUGACUUCUCUUUCUCCUCUUGUUUGGCUGUUGCUUUUGGUACUUCGCAUAAUAUAACUGCCACUUCUCUCAACUCUGAAGACUUUCUGAUCAGUAACUACGCAAAAUUCUUGACCAACAAAGCAAAGCUUGAGACUCGAGGCAGCAUGGUCCUUCAUGAAGUUGACGCCACGAUUAUGGUGAAACAUCCCAUUAUUGGCAGCAUGGUAUUCGAUCGUAUCAUCUACAAUUUUCCACAUACUGGCCAAUUUGGUAUGACUGACGCUGAACGGCGUUCAAAUCAAAAUUUGGUGAGGGGUUUUUUGAAGAACGCAAAGAAGAUGAUCGGAGAAUAUGGUCAAAUACACAUCACCUCGAAAUCGAAUGGAUUUUUUCUUCGAUGGGAUAUACCAAAGAUUGGAAGAGAUGAAGGAUUAAAACUUAUCCUCGAAGUGAACUUUAAACGUAGCGACUAUCCUGGCUAUAGCACCAAGUAUGGGUUUGGAGGAGACAAGAACUUCAAUUGUAAUCCCAGCAAAACCUAUAAGUUUGGUCUUUCACUUUCAUGAAAAUUCUGAUAUCUCAAAAUAAAACAAAAAAGACUAAUGCAACAACUUAUUUGGCAUGA